GCUCGGGGGAAUCACGUGAUCUUCCCCAGCAACUGUCAGCGAUCUCUGUCGCCUAAAUACUGAUCACUUGCGCCUCAACCCACAUAAGCUGGGACUUCAGUUUGACUCUUUGCGAGGCUUUGUUUUGAUGCAAUUACUGAGCGGUUUCUCUACGUUGUGCUCCCUGUGUUUUGACCUUUCGCCUAAUCUGACCCGGUUUCGAAUACUGGUUUGCCCUCGUGCACUUCUGCCUGCCUGGACGGCUUUGUGUUAUGAUUUCGGACUGAACUUGGACUUCGAUUUGUGUUUUCUCCCUCUGUGGAUUUUCCUGAUUACCUCUGGUAUUAAACCUCACUACCUUUUACCUGCGAGCGUCUGCGAUUCUGUCCGCACGUUACAAUGUGACUUAUGGGCCAAGCUCCGCCUUUGACUGUCGGCUCUUGAGCCUGCUUUCCUUUUCUUGGUUUCAUUUCCAUGGAAAAACAAAACGAGAACUCUGUCACUGAGAGUGAAUGAGAUUGUCAGCUGCAAUGGCAGCUUCUGAAAAGCAAGUUGGGAAAGGACAGUCAGCACCGUCCAGGACCUGGCUGACUUCUACUAAACUGCUGUUAUUCAUUGUUGUAACAAUAGCGGUUGGAUUACAGACUUUCAAGCAGCAGAACAGUUCUGAGAGUGACAAAGCGCAAGACUUAACCGGUGAGCUUCGGAUCCUGAUGAUUGGAAAGACGGGUGUGGGCAAGAGUACAACAGGAAACACCAUCCUACGCAAAAAUGCCUUCAAAUCUGAGCUCUCCUCUUCCUCUGUAACCUCACAGUGUGAAAAAGUCAGCGGCAAUGUGAAUGAAAGAAAAGUCACAGUUAUUGACUCUCCAGGUCUGUUUGAUACUGAGUUAACUGUGGAUGAGGUUGUUAAUCGGAUUAAACUGUGCAUUCCGCUGUCUGCUCCAGGUCCACAUGUCUUUCUAGUCGUGAUUCAGGUAGGUAGAUUUACAGAGGAAGACAAAAAAACAGUUGAGAUAUUUCAAGCCAUUUUCGGCCAGGAGUCCUCCAGGUACACCAUGGUGCUGUUCACCCAUGGAGAUCAACUUGGGAAACAGAAUAUUCAUCAUUUUGUACGAAACAACUCAAAUCUUUUGGAUUUCAUCAAGAAGUGCAACGGCCGAUAUCACAUGUUCAAUAACAAAGAUCAGGAACCGGACCAAGUCCUUCAGCUUCUGGACCAGAUUGAUAAGAUGGUCACUGGAAAUGGUGGAGAACACUACACCACAGGGAUGCUACAAGAGGCUGAGAGAGCGAUAGAAGCAGAGAAGCAGAGGAUCUUGAAAGAGAACGAAGCACAGAGACAGAAAGAGAUAGAUGACUUGAGAGCACAGUUACAAGAGGAAAGGUUUGAGAGAGAGAAAAAGAAGAAAGAGAAACAAUAUGAGGACGAGGCGAGAGAAAAGGCUGAAAGAGGCUUUUCAUAUGUUGACAAGAUCUUUCACAUUUUGAUUGAGCUUGUUUUGCGAUAUUUUGGGUUACACAGAACAUUUUCUGAGAACUUUUCACUGAAGCUUUUACUCACCAUAUAUUUUACCUUAGAGGAGAUGGUCAAUAAGAUCAAGUUUUGCAUCCCUCUUUCUGCCCCUGGUCCACACACCUUUCUGAUGGUGGCUCAGCCUGGCAGGUUCACUCAGGAAGACUGCAAGACCAUGGAGAUCUUCUUGAAGAUCUUUGGGGAAGAGGCCAGCAGACACACUUUGGUUCUCUUCACCCAUGGAGACAAGCUUAGGGAGAGGAGCAUAUAUGAAUUUGUUAGUCGCAGCCCAGACCUGGAGACUCUCUUUAACAAAAAAAGUUCUGGAACUGCUAGAGUGGAGCCAGAAAAUUUCAAAACUACAUUCUGUGACUGUAUCACACACAGCACCAACUUUUGUGGAGAGAAAAUGUCCUGCUCAACGCUGAAAAUGAGCAAUGAAGAAUCAAACAAUGUGUGGAGGAAACUGAAUAAUAAUGAUGAACUGAGGAUUGUGCUAGUUGGAAAGACUGGAGUGGGAAAGAGUGCUGCAGGAAACACUUUCCUGGGAAAAAAAGCAUUUAAAUCUGAAAUAUCUUCCUCAUCUGUGACCUCAGACUGUGAAAAGGCCAAAGCAUGCAUCAGUGGCAGAGAUGUCGCCAUCAUUGACACACCAGGCAUAUUUGACACCAGAUGUACACAUGAAGAAACUGAGAAAAAGAUCAAACUGUGCAUAUCCCUGUCUGCACCAGGACCUCAUGUGUUCUUGGUGAUUUUCCAGCUGGGCAGAUUCACUGAGGAAGAGCAAGAAACAGUGGAGAUCAUCCAGAAGAUUUUUGGUGAAGAUUCCUCAAAAUAUACUAUGGUCCUUUUUACCAAUGGAGACAAGCUGAAGAACAAGACAAUCCAGGAAUUUGUUCAUGAAAGUCCUGAUCUGCUGAAAUUUAUCCAGUCCACCUGCGGACUAUACCAUGUCUUUAACAAUGAAAACCCGGAUCAAAUGCAGGUUACAGCUCUGCUUGAGACGAUAGAUGAUCUAAUUCUUAAAAACAGUGGAGAGCACUACACAAAUGAAAUGCUGCAGAUGGCUGAGAGAGCAAUUCAAGAGGAGCAGCUAAAAAUUCAACAAAAAAAUCCAAUGUUGGAUGACAGGACAACAAGAGAAACAGCAGAACGAGACAAUUCAUUUCUGAGGAAUGCACUGUGGGCAGGUGGCUUAGCUAGUGCUACAAUCGCCACUCUCAUGAUCCAAAAGAAAUGCUCAAUACAGUGAUUCAUGAAACAAGGU